UCACACCAUGCCGUCUGGGACCAUCAAAAUGGUGUCCUUGGAUCACGGUGCUUUGUGUGUACAGUACAGAGGACCGACGGCAGAGGUACGUCUUUGGUGGGUAAUUGUCGACCUCAGCACGGAGGAGACCGUGGUCUUGUCGCCCAGGAACCAUCAGCGCGAUCGCCGACGAAGCCGUCGAGGGAUUACGGCUUGGACUGUCAUUAUUGGACUGGGCGAUCUGGGCGCUUACUCGUCGCAGUCGGUCGUGUGUGUCGAUGUCUGUACAGUACAGCUCCGUCGGUGGGAGGCCGUCCGUGUUCAGCCGUGCUGGGCGGCAUCUGCCAAUCACGGCGGCGACUGCCUCUAGCGUUCCAAACUACUUCCGGUGUCCGGGAUCUUCAGAUCCUCCACUUGGCGAGGGACCUGUUGAUCGACCGCGAUGACGGAGCAAGCCGUGUCGACACGCCCACCAGGGACCUGCAUGGGCCUCCUUUUCUCCGUCCGUCGCUCGUGCUGGUUGUAAGGACUAAGAGCAUCGCCAAAUUUUCAGGCCGUGCAGCGGACCGAAUACAGGGGGUAGUGUGA